AGCGCCACCCCCGCGCGCGCGACGCUGCGGGGGACAGCGCCGCCGAUGUCCCGCGGGCCGCCCGUCGCGGCGCCGGGCGGCGGCGCUGGGCACAGAGCCAGAGGCCGCGCGGCGGCUACCGGUCCACCCGCGCAGGCGCGGGGCGCGCGGGGCGCGGGCGCGCCUGGAGGCGCGGCCCCAGAGGACGCGCGGGCUGGCAUAUCCAGGGAUCCGGCCGACGAUGCGGACGGGGCGCACAGCCGCGUCUGCACGAGCACCCUCGAGAGACACCGCUUCCACCCCGAGGUCGUGGCCGCCACGCAGCACGCCUGGCAGGGUUUCUCCGCGAGCUUCCCCUCCAGAGAGGUGGCCGGCGAGAGGCUGUACUCCAGCAUCCUGCGCGGCCUCCCCGAGCUGAAGAGGAACUUCGUGACGCCCAGGGGCGUGCAAUCCAUGCGCUUCCUUGCCAGCAUCGACUCCCUGGUGUCCCUGUGCGGCAGCGAGAGCGAGCUGCUGCAGUUCGUGGAGAACCUCGGCUUCAUGCACCUGCACCUGCAGGUGGUCACGCCGCCGAGGGUGGCGGUCCUCAGGGACUGUGUCGUGGACCUGGUGGCCCAGCAGCUGGAGGGCGCGCUCUCCCAGCGGGCUCGGGACGGCCUUGCAGCGCUCCUCGACUACGCCGGCGGCGCGAACAUCUACGUCAGGACCUCGUACGCCAAGCGCCUGGAGAUCUUGGAGGAGAGCUGGGCGAUCGCCAAGGACCAGGGGCGUGACCACCGCCAGCUCCAGGCCAGGGGCGCCGAGGGCGAAGGCCACGAGACCUCCUCCUCCCCGGAGAGCUCGUUCGAAGAGCGUAUGGCCGUCCAGAGCCGCGCCAGGGCCCACCAGGACCAGACCCGCACCAAGGCGACCUGCCUCGGCCGCAUGCGGGGCUUCCUCUGGAGCGAGGCGAGCGCGAUGAAGGAGGCGGCAGAGGAGCUCGAAGAUUAUGCGAAGCACGCCGUCAACCACCGCAACAGCAGCCCCGACGUGGGCCUGGUGGGCCACGUGGGCCGGCUGAGCCACGGGGAAGUGUCUGCCGGCAAGCUGGCGGCCAGCGCGGGCGAGGGGGUGGGCCGCCGGAGCACGGUGCAGAUCCAUACCACCACCUUCGACGAGAUGUUCGAGGUGAACGCCACCGUUAUGGGCUGCGGCAAGGACACGAAGAUUUGGAUGAGCGACGUGCUCGAGUCCUUCGAUGCCAUCGUCUCCAGCAUCGCGAGCCUGAACCGCCUCAAGGAGGAGAUCGCGGUGGUGGCCCUACGCAUGUCCAAGCACCCGGAGGCCAGCUCCGCCAACCUAUCCUUGUUCAGGUCCUGCAUGCUGGCGGCCCUGCGCUCCCUGCUGCCCAAGCAGUGGACCUCCGCGCACGAGGAGGCCUGGAUAUGGAUGUGGGACAACGUGUCCACGAUGCUGCGGCAGAACAUGGGUUGCCUCAAGGAGUACGUGCGGCGGCUGUCCUCGCACUUCGACGCCAUGGACGAGGAGCGUCGGUACGGCUUCCGCACGGACAUCUACUCGAAGUUCUUUGAUCUCGCGCCCAGCGGCCAGGACUUCUUCAAGCAGUCGAACACGCGGCUGCACUUCAUCGCGGAUCGGAUCCUCCAGAUGACGGUGGAGAUUUUCUUGCAACCCAAGGCCGUGCUCUCGGAGAUCUCCGCGCUGGGCCUGCGGCACGUCGGCUUCGGCAUCCCGACGAGGCUGUUCCCGCCGUUUGUGGACGCGUGCACGGCCGUUAUGUUGUCCAGCUCGACGGAUGCGCCAGUCAACGAGGCGUUCCGGUGGUCCCUCUCGCUGAUCUCGCAGAUCUUGGUGCGGACCAUUGGCGAGGGCUCUACCGUGGUGAUGCAGGCCAUCAACCACAACUCGGCCUACAAGCUGCAGAGCGCGAUAGCCGGAGAGCCGCGAGCUCGGCGCUUCCAGGCGCUCCUGGACGUGCACGUCGGGGAGCAGCACAUCUCGCCGCUGGAGUGGGCGAUCGAGAGCGGGAGCCUGAAGGUGGCGGACGCCAUCUUGACAGACCUUCUGACCAUCCGCGCCGAUCGGUCGCGGUAUUACUACGGCGUGGACGAGCUCUUCGAAAGGCCGACA